AUGUGUGGAGGAUCAACAAUAGAAAUGGAUGAAAACGACCAGCUCAUGCGGGAGCGGAAAAACAGAUAUGGUCGGCAUAAAGGUAUCGGGUAUUUCCUGUCUGAAGGAUGGUGGGAUAUGUGUGGAAGCUGUUGGAAGAAAAUGUUUGGAUGUUGUUGUGGAGAGAAAGAAUAUCGUGACAGAACUAUUUAUAUCGGUCUAGCUACUGGACAUCAACAUAAAUACACGAAAAAUGUCGUCCGAAAUCAGAAAUACAGUGUUAUUACUUUUAUACCAAAGGUGUUAUUCGAACAGUUUAAAUUUUUCCUGAAUUUAUAUUUCCUAGUAAUGGCCACAUCUCAGUUUAUCCCAGCUAUUAGAAUUGGUUAUUUAUAUACUUACUGGGGACCUCUA